CAUCCCAACACCAAGCACGGACCACCAAUCGGAGUUGUUGUUGGGUCUAGACUUAGUCCCUUCCCUCGCGACUAAAAAAAAAUUAUUCAACCGCUACUUGACUUUUGGCUUUUUUUCUUCAUCCUCCCCAAACUCAUCAACACGCCCUUCCUUUCAUCAAAAAAACACGCGCAUUUUAUUGCAGUGUUCAUCUCAUCUACAUAACAUCCGCUCCUUUUCUGCAGAUUGCACGCUGCUCUCAGAUAAUAUUUCCCAAAGGGCUUUUUCCGCUCUGAGCACUUCUUCAAUCCGAUUUCUUCCUCUCAAUACCCAAUACCAACCUCGUUUGCGCUGAGCAUUUUUUGACUCGGUCUUCAUUCUGUCCUCUUUUAGGUUCUUACCAACACCCAAAAGAGAUAAUAUGUCGUACGGCGGCGGCGGCGGUUACGGCUCUCGCGGCCAUGGUGGUGGCGGCGGUGGUUACUCAAAUGGCCAUGAUAAGUACGGCGGCGGCGGUGGUGGUGGUCACGGAGGUGGUCGCCAGGACUAUGGAAAUGGUUACGGCGGUGGUGGUGCUGGCGGUGGCUACGGCGGUGGUGGCGGUGGUGGUGGUGGUGACCGAAUGUCCAACCUCGGAGCUGGUCUUCAUAAGCAGACCUGGGAUCUUGGUACCAUGCCAAAAUUCGAAAAAUCAUUCUACAAAGAGGACGACGCUGUCGCUCGACGACCUGCUAGCGAAGUUGAACGAUUUCGCCGAGAUCAUCAAAUCGCCAUCCAGGGCACUGAUGUACCCAAGCCCGUCGAAACCUUCGAUGAGGCUGGGUUUCCUCGUUAUGUCAUGGAUGAAGUCAAGGCCCAAGGUUUCCCUGCCCCCACUGCUAUCCAAUCUCAAGGUUGGCCAAUGGCUCUUUCCGGUCGCGACGUCGUCGGUAUUGCCGAGACGGGCUCCGGUAAGACUCUAACUUACUGCCUUCCCGCUAUUGUCCACAUCAACGCGCAGCCGCUUUUGGCUCCUGGCGAUGGUCCAAUCGUCCUUGUCCUUGCACCUACGCGAGAGUUGGCUGUCCAAAUUCAACAAGAGAUUACCAAGUUUGGUAAAUCUUCUCGAAUCCGUAACACUUGUGUUUACGGUGGUGUCCCUCGUGGCCCUCAGAUUCGUGACUUGACUAAGGGAGUGGAGGUCUGUAUCGCCACGCCCGGUCGUCUCAUCGACAUGCUUGAGGGUGGCAAGACCAAUCUUCGCCGUGUUACUUACCUCGUACUUGACGAAGCUGACCGCAUGCUGGACAUGGGUUUCGAGCCCCAGAUUCGUAAAAUCAUCAGCCAGAUUCGACCCGACCGUCAAACUCUCAUGUGGUCUGCUACCUGGCCCAAGGAAGUUCGUGCGUUGGCUUCUGAAUUCCAGACGGACUUUAUCCAGGUUAACAUUGGUUCCAUGGACUUGUCUGCUAACCAUCGUAUUACCCAAAUUGUUGAGGUAGUGUCUGAGGGUGAGAAGCGUGAUCGCAUGAUCAAGCAUCUCGAGAAGAUUAUGGACAACAAAGAGAACAAGUGUCUACUUUUCGUCGGCACGAAACGUGUCGCAGACGAAAUUACUCGAUUCCUCCGACAAGACGGCUGGCCGGCACUUUCCAUCCACGGCGAUAAACAACAAAAUGAACGAGAUUGGGUCCUUGACCAGUUCAAGACUGGAAAGAGUCCCAUCAUGGUUGCCACCGACGUGGCAUCUCGUGGUAUUGAUGUGCGCAACAUCACUCACGUGAUCAACUAUGAUUAUCCAAACAACUCGGAAGAUUAUAUCCAUCGUAUUGGCCGAACUGGUCGUGCUGGCGCCAAGGGCACUGCCAUUACCCUCUUUACCGCUGACAAUUCUAAGCAGGCUCGUGAUCUAGUUGCAGUUCUUCAAGAAGCUAAGCAGCAGAUUGAUCCUCGGCUGCAUGAGAUGACUCGCUAUGGUGGUGGUGGCGGUGGAGGCCGCUACGGUGGACGAGGCUACGGCCGUGGCGGCGGUGGUGGUGGUGGUGGUCACCGAGGUGGUGGCGCUGGUGGUGCAAAUGCUCUGCCUAUCAACAAUCGCCGAUGGUGAUUUUCGUCCUGACUCAUCUAAACUCGUGUCAUGGAACACUCCAAAAGUCGUCUGGUUUCCGUCGGAUUAUUUGCAUUUUCUCUGAUUUCCUUUUGAUUGCACAUAUGCACAGAUGGCGUUGCGUCUAGAGGUACGGAUGUUAUAAUGUCGUUAGUGUCGACAUGUCGCGAAGCUCUUUGCAUCUCCACUGAGGUUGCCAAAUCGAGUCUUCUAAUUUCGUGUAGCAAAACACAGGUUCGAGAUGGUUGUCCGAUCAAUGAUGCCACAAGUGCAGGGCUAUGGAUCAGAUACCAGAGACGCAAGUCUGCUUUGGUUUUACAGAGGGGUAUUUUAAUCUGACACUUCAUACGGUCUCCAUAUUCUCGACUUCUAGGUCGAUGAAGAGGUAUGUUACUUACUUAGGUACUGACUCACUUCCAGUAUGGAGGCGCCGUUGAAGGCCCUCAUCAACUUUGCAUGUCUAGGUAGAGUUUCUCAUCCAGUCUCACUAGGAGACGAUGAGUAAGUAGUUACAUAGCAUGAAUUAAUGGACCAAAAACUAAUGGAUAA